AUGCAGAUCUCCGUGCGAGCGGAGCAUUGUGGGAACGGGACCAGGCUGACGAGCACGGCCACAAUUGACCGUGCGGGGCUCGGUGUUCAGCCCAAGGUGAAAGUUUCCCCCACGAAAUCGGGGUCCGAGCCCCACUCCCACCUGCUGGUUUGCUCGGUGACGGGGUUUUACCCCAGGGGGAUCGAGAUCAAGUGGCUGAAGAACGGGCAGGAGCAGAUGGCCGGGGCGGUGUCCACGGAGCUGCUCCAGAACGGAGACUGGACCUUCCAGAUCCGGGUGAUGCUGGAGAUGAGCCCCCAGCGCGGGGACAUCUACACCUGCCAGGUGGAGCACAUCAGCCUGCGGGACCCCCUCGCGGCGCACUGGGAGGCACGGGCUGACUGCCGGGGCACGAUGCUGGCUGGGGUCGGGGGCUCCGUGCUGGGGUUGCUCUUCAUGGUCCUGGGAUUGCUCGUCUGCCUGAGGAAUAAGAAAGUGCAGGCCCAGAGCUCAGAGGUGCAGCUGUAG